AUGGCCGCCGACCAGCCGAAAGGAGAGAUAAUGACUGGCGUGGAGAGUACGGAAAUAUUAGAGGAGUUACCGCAAGAGAUAUUGGAAAUUAUACGGUUGCAAAGCUCCCCGCGAUUUCUCGAUGCGCUUGCAGUUGCAGCACUCAAGCCGGAAUUGACACUUCAACUUUUCACGAGAUACGAGGAUAUUUUUGCGGACACAUCUGCGAGAUGGAUUGUAGGAGGAAGAGAGGGAACACAGAAUGUUGGAGUCAUUGGAGCUUUUGCGCGGAUUUUAACUCUUGCGCCGCAUCUAUCGACUUUCUUGGAGAGAUACCUGGAGAAUACCUCGAAGCCUGGACACGACAGAGAACAAGUCAGGAUACAUUGCCUAUGGAACUCGGAGAAUGGAAUGGAUGUGUUGGAGCUUCAGAGAAUACUGCUUGCGACUUUGAGACUGCUCGAUUUCAACGGCAAUACUUUCUCCAGAACCGUUGCGGCCUCGAAUAUCCAGCUGUACCUCAAGCAUGCCGACAGAUGUGUACGAUACUUGGCAGCCCGAAUAUUCUGUCAGCUAUGUUCAGCUUCGGAGUCGAAAUUGGAGGCUAUGAUUGAGGAACAUGUUGGAAAGUCGGAGGCAGUAAUGGGAGACUUCGAUGGAGACUUGGUGGAUUUAGGAUUCUUGACUCUAUUUGAGGAGAAGCGGCUGAAAAUUGCUGCCAGAAUCUUGAAUCAGAAGUCCAAGUCGUCUGUAUUACCAGAUUACCAAAGACUUUCAGUAUUGGUGGCUCAAUAUACAAGCACUUUACUUCCACGACCAAAUGGGCCUCCAUCGGAACCAUCUACCAUGGUCAAGACAACAACCACCUCGAAUAAUAUGGAGACAUUUGCUAAAUCUCUCCUUUGUCACUCGCCUAUACUUCUCCAUGGCUUGGCUGGAUCAGGGAAGACAUCACUAGUCAAUGACUUUGCACGAGAGCUUGGCAUGGACUCCAACAUGGUCACACUGCACUUGAACGAGCAAACCGAUGCCAAGAUGUUGAUUGGAAUGUAUGCCAGUGGAUCAAAGCCGGGUUCCUUCACAUGGCGAGCUGGAGUGUUGACAACUGCUGUCCGAGAGGGCAGGUGGGUCUUUAUUGAGGAUCUCGACCGAGCUCCAAAUGAAGUAAUCAGUGUCAUUUUACCCCUCAUCGAGCGUGGAGAGUUGUUGAUUCCCAGCCGAGGAGAGACAAUUAAAGCUGGACGUGGAUUCAGACUUCUUGCUAGCAUCCGAACAUCACUAAGUGUAACUGGGCAUGAAAACCCACCAGCUUUACAUAUGCUCGGAGCUCGUCUGUGGCAGCGAGUGCCUGUACAGAUGCCGAGCCAGGAGGAGUUCACGCAGAUUAUCGAUGGCACUUAUCCGAUUCUACACAAAUUCCUUCCUGGCAUCAUAAGCGUGUAUGAUAGGCUGUACACAUUAUCGCAGAAACCUUCGUUUGCCUCGAGGAGUCGUACCUCACUGGGUCGGCCGAUCAGCCCUCGUGAUCUUUUGAAAUGGUGCCGAAGACUGGAUGGUGUUCUCAGAGCGGCCGGAUCGCUGACUGGAGAUGAGCCCAUCACUGAUGCUAUCAAGUACGAGAUGUUUCUCGAAGCUGCAGACUGUUUUGCCGGCAGCUUGCAAUCAGACGACACUCGAAAGACCGUAAUUUCUGCCAUCGCCGAAGAGAUGCAUAUCGACCCGCAACGAGUUGAACAUUUCCUGACAUCCCAUAUCCCGCGAUACCAAGAUGGCGAGACAGAGCUGACAAUUGGGAGAGUGCGCCUGCAAAAGCGUCCGGCAAACCGUGUUUCCAAGCCAGCGAAGAAGUCGAGACCGUUUGCCAAUACCACCCAUGCUAAGCGGCUGCUGGAACAAGUGGGUGUAGCUGUGAAGAUGAUGGAACCAGUCCUACUCGUAGGAGAAACUGGUAUCGGAAAGACUACAGUCGUUCAACAGCUUGCUGACUCCUUGGGCAACAAACUUACUGCGGUCAAUCUGUCCCAACAGAGUGAAGUCGGUGACUUGUUAGGCGGUUUCAAGCCAGUCAAUAUCCGCAGUCUUGCAAUUCCUCUCAAGGAUGAGUUUGACGACUUAUUCGCUGCAACUGGGAUUUCAGCGACAAAGAAUCAGAAGUAUCUCGAGUCACUUGGAAAGUGUGUAGCCAAAAGCCAAUGGAGUAAGGCCAGCAAGCUAUGGCGAGAAGCACCCAAGAUGUUUGACAAAAUCGUCUCCGAACUGAAGAAGAAAGAAGUGGCGAAUGGACGACCGGUCGAGCAACGUACGAAACGGCGGAAAACAGAGUCAAGACUUCAAUCUCUGCUCCAACUGAAGCCAAGAUGGGACAGGUUCACGCAAAGCUUGGUACAGUUUGAUAUUCAACUAUCUGGUGGGUCAAAGGGUUUCGCCUUUACUUUCGUUGAAGGCAACAUCGUGAAGGCUGCUCGAAAUGGUGACUGGGUUCUUCUCGACGAGAUCAAUUUGGCUUCACCCGAUACCCUUGAAAGUAUUGCCGAUCUUCUACACCAUGGAUCUGGUGGCUCACCUUCCAUUCUACUAUCUGAGACUGGCGAGAUUGAACGUGUGAAAGCACAUCCCAACUUUCGAAUCUUCGGUGCCAUGAAUCCUGCAACUGAUGUUGGGAAGCGGGAUCUUCCUAUGGGUUUGCGAUCAAGGUUUACUGAAAUCUACGUUGAAAGUCCUGACAGAAACUUGGAUGAUCUCCUCGGUGUCAUCCAAGCAUAUCUGAAAGGAAACAGUAGUAACGACGAGAAAGCUGCUCAUGAUGUUGCGCGCCUGUACCUCAACACUAAGCGACUUGCCGAUGACAAGAGACUCGUGGAUGGAGCUAAUCAAGUCCCUCAUUUCAGUCUGCGAACUCUCACGCGUGUUUUAAGCUAUGUUGUUGAGAUUGCGCCUUCAUAUGGAUUGCGAAGAGCAUUAUAUGAAGGCUUCGCUAUGGGUUUUCUCACUCUCCUAGACAGAGAAUCCGAAAAGUUAUUGAUGCCACUGAUCGACCAUCACUUGUUGAAUAGCCACGGUAAUGCCCGUGCACUUCUUGCCCAGACACCACGCCGACUUGAUGAUGGCAAACUUUACAAGGCAUUCAUAAAUAAGAAGAGAGAUCGCCAAUACUGGAUGCUUCAAGGUUCAGAGACUCCACAGGAGCAAGCCCAUUACAUCAAAACGCCAUCCGUUGAACGAAACAUGCUUAACCUGGUCAGAGCCACUUCGACAAGACGAUUCCCAGUUCUCGUACAGGGCCCAACAUCAUCUGGAAAAACAAGUAUGAUUGAAUAUCUGGCAAAAUACAGUGGCAACAAGUUCGUCAGAAUCAACAACCACGAACACACUGACUUGCAAGAGUACUUGGGAACCUACGUCUCUGGUGCAGAUGGCCAGCUCCGUUUCCAAGAAGGUCUGCUUGUCCAAGCUCUCCGUCAAGGUCACUGGAUCGUGCUCGACGAGUUGAACUUGGCUCCUACAGAUGUCCUCGAGGCUCUCAACCGUCUACUCGAUGACAAUCGCGAGCUUCUGAUUCCAGAAACACAAGAGAUUGUUCGACCUCACGAGAACUUCAUGCUCUUCGCGACACAGAAUCCACCUGGACUUUAUGGUGGCCGAAAGACCCUAUCGCGUGCCUUUCGUAAUCGUUUUCUAGAGCUUCACUUCGACGAUAUUCCCCAGGAUGAGCUUCAGCAAAUUUUAGAGUAUCGUAGUCAGAAGGUCGCACCUUCAGAUUGUAAGAGAAUCGUGGAUGUCUACAAAGAGCUGUCGACCUUGCGUCAAUCAAGUCGUCUGUUCGAACAGAAAGACAGCUUCGCAACGUUGAGAGAUUUGUUCCGAUGGGCUCUCCGAGAUGCUGAUAAUCGAGAGCAAUUGGCUGCGAAUGGAUACAUGCUCCUGGCUGAGCGUGUUCGGAACCCAGCUGAGAGAACAGCUGUCAAGGAGAUCAUCGAGAAAGUCAUGAAAGUGAAGAUUGACCCCACUGUUCUUUAUGGUUGUGAUUUCUCGCCUGAGAUCAAAUCGUACAACGAGACAUCAAAUUCCCAAGGUGUCGUCUGGACUCAGGCAAUGCGUCGGUUGUACGUUCUUGUCGCGCACGCACUCCGUAACAACGAACCUGUUCUGCUCGUCGGCGAGACUGGUUGUGGGAAAACUACCGUCUGUCAGAUGCUGGCAGAAGCGUUCGGCAAGGAACUCCAUAUCGUCAAUGCCCAUCAGAAUACCGAGACUGGAGAUCUCAUUGGUGCUCAGAGACCCGUGAGAAACCGAGCCGUCAUCUCGGAGCAGUUGAAGCAGGAUCUUCUCACUGCCAUUCAUAGCCAGGGUGUGCAAGUGACAGAAGAUAUGGAAGUUGAUGCUUUGAUGGCGACUUAUCAUUCAUUGCCUCCAUCAGCAGCUACGCAUAUCCCAGAGGAACUACGUCAACGAAUCGAGCUCAAUCAUGGAAAGUCAAAGGCUUUGUUCGAAUGGUCGGAUGGUAGUCUGGUUCAAGCCUUGAAGGAGGGUCAAUUCUUCUUACUGGAUGAAAUCUCCCUAGCAGAUGACUCUGUCCUUGAACGCUUGAAUUCCGUGCUCGAAACCCAACGGACAAUACUCCUUGCCGAGAAGGGUGUCGACAACUCCUUUGUCCAAGCAGCCGACGGUUUCCAAUUCUUUGCUACUAUGAAUCCCGGUGGUGAUUAUGGAAAGCGUGAAUUGUCUCCCGCACUUCGAAAUCGUUUUACCGAGAUCUGGGUUCCUUCAUUGUCUGAACACGAAGAUGUUUUCCAGAUUGUGGAGGCUAAGCUCAAUGAGAACUUCAAGCCUCUUUCAAAGGCUAUGGUACACUUUGCAGAAUGGUUUGGCGAGAACUAUCGAUCAUCAUCGUCGACUUCCAUAUCAGUCCGUGAUGUACUGGCGUGGGUCAAAUUCAUGAACGGAACAAGUUCGACGGAUCCAUACUUUGCUGUCUUACACGGUGCCGCGAUGGUGUACAUCGACACUUUAGGUGCAAAUCCCGCUGCUUUACUAGCUAUCAAUCCGGACAACAUCUUUGAAGAGCGGAAGAAGUGCUUGACUCAAUUAAGCACUCUCUUGGAGCACGAUAUCAGCCCGAUAUACUUCAAGCCCAUCGAUCUGGUCAAUGGUGACAGGUUCUUGGCCAUGGGAGACUUCUCGAUUUCAAAGCAGCCUGGCACAGACUCUGAUCCAGGAUUUGCGUUCAAUGCACCAACGACCAAGUUGAACGCCAUGCGAGUGAUCCGAGCGUUGCAAGUCCAGAAGCCAAUCUUGAUUGAGGGAAGUCCUGGUGUGGGAAAGACGACUUUAAUCGCUGCUCUCGCUCUUGCUUGUAAUCGACCUCUGACUCGUAUCAACCUCUCAGAGCAAACCGAUCUCAUGGAUCUGUUUGGGUCCGAUGUGCCGGUUGAGGGCGCUGAAGCAGGCCAUUUUGCAUGGCGUGAUGCUCCGUUCCUUCAAGCAAUGCAGAAUGGAGAGUGGGUUCUGCUCGACGAGAUGAAUCUUGCUUCACAAUCCGUACUGGAGGGUUUAAACGCCUGCCUCGAUCAUCGUGGAGAAGUCUACAUCUCCGAACUCGACCAGACUUUCAAACGCCACCCCAACUUCUCCGUUUUCGCCGCACAGAAUCCCCAUCAUCAAGGCGGUGGCAGGAAAGGACUACCAAGCUCGUUUGUCAAUCGGUUCACUGUCGUGUAUGCUGAUGUGUUUAGGAACGAGGAUCUCCAGUUGAUUUGCAAGCACAAUUUUCCCGCUAUGCCAGACGAGACCGUCAACACGAUUAUCGCAUUUGUCUCUCGUCUAGAGCAAGAAAUCGUGCAUCGACGACAGUUCGGCUCUCAAGGUGGGCCGUGGGAAUUCAACCUUAGAGACAUUCUUCGCUGGCUUCAGCUUCUUGGGUCCUCUGCCCCACUACUUUCAGCUGCUACACCAUCUGAUUUCCUCAAUUUGAUCUUCCGACAACGUUUCAGAACUACCAAGGAUCGUCAAGAAGUCGAUAGAAUUUUUGCGCAGGUGUUUUGUACCAAUGUACCGUUCCGUCAUUUCUUCCAUAAUACGAGCGCUACUGCGUACCAGGUCGGCGUAGCGUACAUGGCGCGUGACGCUCUUAUUCAGAAACUUCCGUUCCCGUCUAUCGAUCCUAUCAACCGCCUUCCAGAUAUAGAAUCUGUCAUGAUAUGUAUUCAGCAAAACUUACCAUGUAUCUUGGUCGGACCGUCCGGAUCUGGCAAGACGACUAUCAUUGAACAUAUUGCUGCCACGAGCGGGAAGUCUCUCGUGGUCUUCCCUCUUAAUGCUGACAUCGAUACCAUGGAUCUUGUCGGUGGAUUUGAACAAGUCGACCCUCAGCGAGCUGCAAGCACCUUCCUCUCUGAAAUGAAGGACUUCAUCAACACCAAGAUUCUUUCUUCACUACCUGCUCCAGUUCCUGCCGAAGCGCUCACUCUUCUGGAACUCUUGAACCUCCCAAACCAAUCAACACCAACUUACUUCAAUACCCUCGCUGAGAACUUGCUCGCGCUCGAAACCACAACAUCUCUCCCUGCUUUCGGCACCCUAGCAGCAACCUGCAAUGACUUUGCUUCCAGACCCAUGGCUGUCGAGAACGCACGUUUCGAGUGGGUCGAUGGUGUCCUCGUCAAAGCUCUAGAGCAAGGCUCCUGGCUCGUCCUCGACAACGCAAACCUCUGUAGCGCAUCCGUUCUGGACCGUUUGAACUCUUUGCUAGAGCCAAACGGAUUCCUGAGCAUUAACGAACACUGUGGUCCUGAUGGUGAGCCAAAAAUUGUCAAGCCGCAUCCAGAGUUUAGGAUUUUCUUGACGAUGGAUGCAAGGUUUGGAGAGCUGUCGAGAGCAAUGAGGAAUCGAGCUGUGGAGAUUUUUGUUGAGCCUUUGAGUGAGGAUGCACCCAAGAUGGGUCUUUUGAGUGUGAAGCGUGAGGCUGGCAUGCGACGAUUCCAGAAUCUAGCAACGGCUUUGGAAAUCCAUACUUCGGAUCCCGAGCAAUGUCGAUUGCUGUACGCUGCCGCUUUGGACAAUUUAUCAUGGUCCGAUAUGCCUCUUUUGUCGCGCUUCGUCCAAGCAUUCCAGGUUUCUGUUGAAUUCACCAGUCUUAGCGAGUCUUACAACGACAUAUACCAAGGUUCCGCAAAUCAACAACUUAGAGCUGCUAUCGGUGGUCUUCUCAGCGAACUCGCAACAAAGAACAAGCUACCAGUUGAGAACUUCCGAGAUACACAAGUCUUACACCCUCUGCAGAACUCACCACUGGUUCCUCUCUUCAGCAAGAAUUCGAAUAACGAAUAUGCGUUCUGGCUCGGUGCUGUCUUCGAUCUCAUCCUCGUGAUCUACAACGCGACCAAAGCUCACUCUGCACAAGAAAAUGGAAUCGAGGCUCUGAAGCCUAGCAAGAUGAACAGAUUACAGCGUUCGCUUGUCAAAGGGCGAGUCUCAGCUGUGACAAAGGAUUCGACUGUCAAUGUAUCUGAGUUCCUCCGUAAUACUCUGAUGGCACUGGUUACAUACUUGCAGAAUCAUACUGGCUCCAAUGACAGGUGGAGAAUUCAACAAAAGGCCUUCAAGUCACUGCUCCGAUAUUGGUGGAACACCUUUCAACUGGCCACAUCCCGCAGCUUCGAAGAAUCAACGUUCCAAGCCCAUCUCACCAUUGGGAACGACCUCCUCAGUCAGCUCUCCACCACUGUCCAGACAUCAAAUUCGCCUAUCGCAUUCUUUGGCCAGAGCCUGCAAAGCGAAUUUUUAUCAGGCUUCAAGCUCACUACAGGACUGAGCAUGGAACUUCUCUGGCGCCAGCUCCGACCAAUAGUGAUGCCAAAUCUCAACGUCAUGAAAACCCUUGCAGAAAUGGAACAACUUGCUCUCCGCUUCGAUACACUGAGGUGGAAAACUUCUAUUCCCGUCGUCGAGUUGGGACAUAUCAUGACUUCUCUCGUCAAGGCUUACAAACUCAUCUUGACAAGUGAUGUGGAUGGAUAUAGUCUCAUCUCGACACUAAAUACCGAAAUGGAUAACCUAGAGAAGAGUAUUGGUGGUGAAGAAGAUGAUAGCGUCACGCCAUUCUUCACUUCGCAGUUCGAGGCAUUAAGGCAAUUCCGUAUGCUGGAUGUCUUGACAUCUGGAUCUACCGCAGAGUCUUUUGUUGAUGUCGAUGCUGUGAUCCUUGCCAAUCAUCCGACAAAAUCUGAGAUGCAAUUUGCGAGCUCUACCACGACCUCUAGAAAUCUUCAGGCUAUCGACUACUUACUUGGGACGAGCGAGAAGUUGCAGCUGGUAUCUGAUGGAUUUUCUCUCGGUAUGCUGAAGAAGCUGAACGUCUGUGGCGAUGUGAAUUUAAGGUCCCUGAAAUUAUUCGAGACUGAAUUGCCAGCGAUGGGCCAAAAGCUGGCACAAUCCAGCGCUACGUUGUCUAGAGAUCAGAUCUUUGACCUGAACGGCGUCCUCUCGACCUUGUUACCCCAAAUAGUUUCAGCGCAUGGAGCAGAUACCGAGUUCCUAGCUUGGUCACAGUCCCUCCCCUCUUCUGUCGAGCCUGGCAUCAUUGACCUCUCACUAUCAAACCCAAGUAUUUCCCAGGAUAUGCUUGUGCCAAGUACACCAAUUCAGCUCACAGAGGUCAUCACGAAGAGCUUCGGUCCUGCUGUGGUCUCAAUUCUAGCCUCGCGAUCACAGCCGGAUCUCCGGUUGCAGUUCUCCUCUCUGGCAUGGAUUCAUUUUGCAAUUGGAUGCAUCACUCUCUAUGUCCCCGAUCGAGCCUUUGAUCCAGAUAAAAGACAGCGACUCGAGCGUCAAAGACAUUCUGAACACCGUACAGAAAUCCAAGCCAAGCUCGCCGCACUUCGUCAAUUUGAACAUCUGUUCUCUGGGCAAGAAUCGAAUCUCAGAUGCCAACUCCUGGAGACUGAGCUUGUAGAGCUUGGUGAUCCACCUGAGAUCCUACAGGAGAUCCAUCGUCCUGAAGUGUCGGAGAUGGAUCAACUGCAAGGAGAAUUCGGAAACUUGUUGAAGACUGUGCUGCGCUCUGACCUCGAGGCGACAGUAAACCGCUACUUCAAGGCCAGCGAUGAGAGUGGCCUACAGCAGAUCAAGCUCGCGCAACAUAAUGUAGCGCAGAUCAUCCAGAGGCUGUCGGAACGCUUCAAAGCUUAUAAUGAUCUGACAGCACCAGUCAUCAGCAUGCUUCGAUGCUUGCAGAUUGGAUUGUCGAUGGCCACGCUUGUUUCUGCUGCACCAUCUACAAAGAACGAGUCGUGUCUAGCUUUGAGCAAAAUGACUCCUUUCCUCGGAGGUGGGCCAACAACUGUCAACGAAGACAUCAUCUCGGCACAACCUAUGGAAUACCUAGCUCUGAUCGCAACGAAAGCUGCAGCCGAGAAGCUGUCAUCAUUUGGACCGACUAGUCGACGAGCACUAUUCAAGGGCUUUCAUGGAUGUUAUGACCAGUGGAAGAAGAGACUCGAAUCGGAUCGAUUGGAAGCAGAGUCGAACUCAGGGUUAUACGUCUUCAGAGGAAGUGCCGAGGACGAGGAAGAGGACGACCAAGAGCAGUUCAACGAACUCUUCCCUGCCUACGAUGACGAAACUGCAGAUAAGCCAAAGGGUGUUACACCCGCGCAAUUCGUUAUUAGAGAGACAGCCAUCGGUCUCGCAAAAGUCCACUCCGAGAUCUGCCUGGGCAGCGCUUUGCCUCAAGAAAGUAUACUGUCUUCAAUCCGAAACAUAUCUAAACGUAUCGGCUCCCUCCACGAGGAUGCACCAUUCACCGAACGAAAGAUGACCCGUGCCCUUUUGCCCGGCACACUCCUUCUCCUGAAUGACGAGAUCGAUACUCUCCAGUCUAGCACCGCACUCCCUGCCACCUACAACUUUUACACGUCCGCCAACCUCCCCGAGACACGGAAACUUGUCAGUCUUGUCCAACAAAUCAUUACCCGCUUCCGCGAUCUGCAAGCAGUUGACGAAAUCGGCCAUAUGCAGCCCUUACAAGAUGUUCUUACAUCCUGCCACGAACUGAUGAAGUUCAGACACACGGAACCACUCGCAAAGAUCAUCACCAAAGUAGAGAAAGUUCACACAUUCAUGCACGAGUGGCAAUUCGGCGGCUGGGCUAGUCGGGCCAACUCUGCGCUUUCGUUGUAUGACGAGUUGACUGCUACGAUUGUCAAUUGGAGACGUCUGGAACUGAGCACGUGGGCUAAACUCUUCGAGAUGGAGAGUGAUAAAUGCGAUGAUGAUGCGAGAUCGUGGUUCUUCCUUGCGUACGAAGUCGUCGUUGCAGUGCCAUUACAAAUAUCAGAUUCGCCAGAAGAGUUGAGAGUGUAUGCCCGGAAACUGCUCAAAGAUCUAGAGGCGUACUUCUCGAGUGCCAUUGUUGGACAAUUCGUCCAGCGCUUGCAGUUGUUGAAGCAGAUGCAAAAACACCUGCAGUUGCUUGCAUUAGACAUGCCAGCUCUGUCAAUCAUCCAAGACGCGCUCGCGAACUUCAUUGCUCUGUAUGCAAGGUACGAGACGCCUGUUCGAGAGAAUCUAAAGAGAGGAAGAGUCUCGUUGGAGAAGGCCAUGAAAGAUAUCCUGCUUCUAGCGAGUUGGAAAGAUACGAAUAUUGUGGCGUUAAGGGAUAGUGCCAAGAGAUCCCACCACAAGCUAUUCAAGAUCGUGAGGAAGUUCCGCUCGCUACUGGGACAGCCUAUGGAGUUUAUUCUUAAGAGCGGAUUGCCUGAUGAAAUCACCUCACCCGCAGUGGAAGGCACAAAGACAAACCAAGCGCCUACAGUGGACGAAAAUGCACUGGCGCUCUGUGCCUCAUCUGUUCCAGACUGGUCCAAGAAAGCGAAGCGCUUCAUCAACAUCAACAAGACUGUUAGCAUGAUGGCUGAGACAGCUCAAUUCCCCACAGCUGCCGUUGAAUGCUCAUCCUACCUCGAAUCAUUCCUCGCCAACAUCAUAACAUCAACCGCAGAACUCCAAAAGGCAACGCCUCCGCUCCUGACAGAAGACAACAAAGACGAAGUCAAGCAUCUCAAGACUCGUAAGCGCAAGCUCUUUGCUGAUACGCUCAAGGAGCUGCGCCAGAUGGGUAUCAAGUACAAUCUUGGCGCCAAUGCGCUUGCACAGCAAGAUUCUCUGAGUGUGGUGCUUGCCAACGUUGGGGCUUUGAACCAUGUCGGCGUUGACAGUCUGGAGUACUACUUCCACAAAGCGAUCGACCUCGUACCAAGAGUCAGAGCAUCUGUGCAUCAACACAAUGAAGAUUUAAGCGGUGCCGAGGUUGUGAGAAGUACGGGCUUUCUCGAAGGCUUGCUACAGGUACUCCUCAUGCAGAGAAAUUCUCUCGCAGAAACUGUCAAUGGCAUGAAUACAAUCGAGUUGAAUAUCAGAAUGGUCCAGGGUCUCUGGGCUCCAGGUUCCUAUACGGUGAAAGCCUCAAAGGUCACGUCAAAUCACCAGAAGCUACUUCAUUGGCUACCCAACAUCCUAGUUGUUGCCAUUGAGCUUGUUACUAUACAUGGCAAGCUAGGCAAGAUUGAUUCUAAGGAUGUGCUUGGUGUUUUGGCUUCUUGGCAUGACCGCUUUGUUCACUUCGCUAGACAGUGGGAAGAGCUUGCAUUAGUUCCUACAGGCGUUGUGUCCACGGCAUCUCAAGCUCUCGGGGAAGAGAUCACGGAUGCAGCACAGCAACUAAAUAUCGAGCUGUCUGGUAUCAAUGAGCAGCGCCCUGAUCUUGCAUUUAUCGUCAAUCAGAUCCUACCCUGGACCAAUAUUACUGCAUCAUCAGUAGAAAUCAUUUCCGCUGAACAGACGAGUGCGGACCUCGAUCGGAAGCUCUCUACUGUUUGCGACACUGUCCUCGUUGCUAUCGAGAAGUACAAGAAAGCUGUUGCGGAUCUCCCGACUUCAACCGAAGAUCCAGGAUGGCUGGUCAAGAGCGAUUCGUCUAUUUCUGCUGCUAUCAAAUCACUCCACAGCGAGAACAUCUCCGAAGAAGUCAAUCAAGCAUUCGCUGUUCUCCGCUCUAUGGAUCUCGAAGACGACACAACUAGCCAAGCAGCCUCAGCCAUCUUUGCCGUCUCCCUUCCCAUCCUACAACAAUAUUCCUACACUCUGCAAGAAAGCGUUUCUCGUUAUGCAUACCUCCACCGCGCUACCUGCAAAGUAUCAUACAUUCUCGCCAAGACAUUCGUCCAGAUCGCUACAUCAGGAUUCUGCACACCGUCUGAGAAGUCUGCAGCUCAGGAUGGGCAGACUGAGAAGCUUGAAGGUGGAACUGGCCUCGGUGAUGGUGAAGGUGCAGAGGAUAUCAGCAAAGAUAUCCAGGAAGACGAGAAUCUUGAUGAGUUGGCGCAGGAACCCAACACCGAGAAAGGCGAUAUCGAAGAUGAGCAAGAUGCUGUCGAUAUGGCUGAUGGAGAUAUGGAAGGCGAGAUGGGCGAUGGAGAAGAGAAGGAAGAGGGCGAAGGAGAAGAUGAGGAGAGUGGUGAUGAGAUGGAUGAAGAAGCUGGAGAUGUCGAUGACUUGGAUGCUGGGGCUGUGGAUGAGAAGAUGUGGGAUGGAGCUGGCGAGGAGAACGAUAAGGAGCAAGAAGGUGACGCUGCGAAGGGCGAGCAAAAUAAAGAUGAACAAGUUGCUGCGGAAGAAAAUGGAAAAGAGAAUAAAGCUCAAGAGGGAGAUGAGGGAGAAGCUGAUGAUGAGGAAGAGGAGAUGGAGGGUGCUGAACAGGGAGAGGAAGUCAAGCAGGAUGAGGUUGAGAAACACGAUCCUACUGCCCAAGAAGGUGAUGCGCUUGAUUUGCCGGAAGACAUGGAGUUGGAUGGCGAAGAGGGAAGUGAGAAGGGGAGUGAGGAUGAUAUGGGUGAUCUUUCUGAUAUUGAAGACGAUGAGAAGGAGGGUGAUGAGAUCAAGAACGAUGGGAAGGAAGAAGAUGGCGCAGAGAAUGCGGAUGCGCAAGAAGAGCAGCAGAUCGUUGAUGAGAUGGAUAUUGUUGAUCUUGAUGAGGAGCCAAACGAUGAAGGUAAAAAGACCGAGGAAGCUGGCGAAAAGGUCGAAGAAGAGUCCGCGGAACAAGAACCCGAGAACGAAGAAGGUCUUCUCCAAGACCGAAACGAUGAUGCCAAUGCCGAUGCGGACAACGCGGUUCCUAGCGAUGUCCAAGGAGUUGGUGAAGAUCAAGAUGAGAAUUCUCCUGACGACAAGACCGAGUCUGCUAGCAAAGCCCAACGAGAAGAUGGUGGCAAAGGAGGGGACUCGUCUGAGCAAAAGGACGCCGCGGCAGAAGAUGGUGAAAAGGGCCGACAAGCCAAUGGCGACGCACCACAAGAUUCUCGCGACGAGACGGAAGACGCUGCUUCUGCGCAGCCCUUCAAGAAACUCGGUGACGCUCUCGAGAGCUGGCAUAGACAACAAUCCAAGAUUCGGAAUCCUGAAGAGCAGAAAGAACAAGGACAAGACCAGAAAUUGGAAGAUAAUCAAGAAACAUCCGAGUUCCAGCACUUGCAGGACGAGAAUGCAGAGGCUGAUGCACAAGCACUUGGCACUGCGACCGAGGAGCAAGCCAAGGCUCUGGAUGAGAGCAUGGCUGUUGAUGAGGAGAGUAAAGAGUUGCCUGAGCAGUUUCAACCGGAUGAGGUCGAGACCGACGAUGUUGAGCACGAUGUGAUGGAUGUUGAGGAACCUUCUACGCCAAAAGAACAAGAACCGUCUGAUGCCUAUGAAGGUCGCGCUGGAGCAAUGAUCAAACAAGCCAAUCCCGUCAACGAUGAAGAUCUCGAUGCCAAAGCACAAAUCCAAGAGCUCGAAGAGGACGUUGAAGAAGUAGACAACCAGCUUGAAAGCACUCAUCUCGACGGCACCAUCGACCCUCAACUCGCAGCCGAUGGCCGUGCACAGUGGAUGCACUACGAGUCCCUUACUCGCGAUCUCUCCCUCUCACUCACCGAACAGCUCCGCCUCAUCCUCGCUCCAACCCUAGCCACUAAAAUGCGCGGUGACUUCCGCACCGGCAAACGUCUGAACAUCAAACGUAUCAUUCCGUAUAUUGCCUCCCAGUACAAGCGCGACAAGAUCUGGAUGCGCCGCUCUGUCCCCUCCAAACGCAGUUACCAAAUUAUGCUCGCCGUUGACGACAGCAAAAGCAUGGGCGAGUCCGGCUCCGGCGCCCUCGCUCUCGAGACCCUCGUUAUGGUCAGCAAGAGUUUAUCCAUGCUAGAAGUCGGCCAGAUCAGUGUAGUCGGCUUUGGAGAGACUGUGCGCGUCGCCCAUGACUUCGAUAUGCCGUUUAGCGCGGAUGCUGGGCCGAAUAUCCUGAGCCAGUUCUCCUUCCAGCAGGAUAGGACGGAUGUCACGAGGUUGGUGAGGGAGAGUAUUGAGCUGUUUAGGGCGUCGAGACAGAAGGCCAGCUCGUCGCCGGCGGAUUUGUGGCAGAUACAGCUUAUUAUUUCGGAUGGAGUGUGCAAUUCCUCGGAACAUGAUACGAUCCGUCGUUUGUUAAGAACGGCAUUGGAGGAGCGGAUCAUGAUGGUCUUUGUUAUUGUGGAUGAUGUGAGGAAGAAGGGGAAGGGGGAGAGUGUGCUUGAUUUGAGGGAGGCGAGGUUUGUGGACGGGAAGGUGGAGAUGGGGAGGUACUUGGAAGGCUUUCCUUUCAGAUAUUUCCUUGUUGUGGGAGAUGUUAGGGAGUUGCCCGGUGUGCUGGCGGGUGUGUUAAGGAGCUGGUUCGGAGAAGUUGUUGAUGCUAGCUAG